AUGACGAUAAAUGAAGAAGAAUACAUGACGCUCCCCAAGAAGUUUGGAGACGGCAAAGGUGCUUUCAAACGUCCCGAACAGCAGUUUCGGAACUGGAUCUCGAGAGAUCGUCAAGCAGAGUUUCCCGCCGAGAAGGAUCGAUAUCAUCUUUACGUCUCCUACGCCUGUCCAUGGGCCCACCGCACCCUCAUCACUCGAAAGCUCAAAGGUCUGGAAGACAUCAUUACAUUCACCGUCGUCCACUGGGAUCUUCGAUCGAGAGGCUGGCGCUUCGCAACACCCGAAGAAGCCGAGCCAGAAAAAAAUGUGACUCCCGAUCCCCUUCAUCCAGGCUUCACACAUUUGCGAGAUGUCUACUUCGAGAGCAAACCAGACUACGACGGUCGAUUCACCGUUCCAGUGCUGUAUGAUAAGAAAAAGAAGCGGAUUGUGAGCAAUGAGAGUAGAGAGAUUAUUCGGAUGUUGUACUAUGAAUUCGAUCAUUUGCUGCCAAGAGAGUUUGCGAUGGUUGAUCUUCUCCCAUCGGAGUUGCAAGAUGAGAUCGAAGACACGAGUGAGUGGACGUAUUUUGGCAUUAACGACGGGGUGUACAAAACUGGCUUCUCCACGACCCAGGAGUCAUACGACAAUAAUGUGAAAAUCCUAUUCAAAUCUCUCGAUCGAGCAGAGCAGCACCUCGCCACAUCCCCCGGGCCCUACUACUUUGGCGAAAACCCCACCGAAGCGGACAUUCGCCUCUACGUGACCCUCAUCCGCUUCGACAUCGUCUACGUUCAGCACUUCAAGUGCAACAUCCGGGACAUCCGCAGUGGCUAUCCAGCCUUGCACAGAUGGCUACGGCAUUGCUACUGGACCAACGCCGCCUUCCGCGAGACGACAAAUUUCGAUCAUAUCAAGUGCCACUAUACCAAGUCGCAUCGGAUGAUCAAUCAGGGUGGGAUUACGCCUGCUGGACCGUUGCCGCAUAUCUUGCCGCUUGAUGGGUGA